AUGAGUUCAACAACACCAACAACUCCAAACAGAAUUCUUCUUCCUAGGAGGAGUAACUUUGGGAGUGGCACCUAUUUGUGUAAUAACAAUAACACUUCAACAACAUCACCUCCUUCAUCAACGAGGAGAGCAAGUAUUGCUCCAUCAACAUUUCCUAUAGGCAAAUCAUCAUGUAAUACCAGUAUUUGUAGUGAUAGUGAUCCAGCUGUUUCUUCCCAACAACAAGAAAAAUCCAACAUUCCAAUAAUCGUAUCAUCACCAGAUCAAUCAUUGGAAAAGAAGAGUGGUGGCUUUUUGCGAAGUAGAACUCUCUUCGGUAAAACUAAAAGCUCGCCUUUAUUUUCCUCUUGUGUUAGUGAGUCAGAUAUUAUGUUUGAUCAGGAUAUUUUCUCUCACAGACCAAAGAAGAAGGAAUUGCAACAACAACAACAGGAUGAACCUAUCAAACCAAAAGCCAUUAAACCAAAUUACUUUACGAGUGAAAUAACAACAGAUGAUGAGAAUGAAUUUGAAAAACAGACAACCAACUUCCCUACCACCCCAACACGCAUUACCAACAAUAUUCGUUCCAUAGAGAAGGCAUUCGAAGAGCUGGAAAAUGCACCUGCUUCCUCCACAGUUAAUACCAUUAUUGAAACCUCAACCUCUGAUAGUUUUGAUAAUGAUUACACAGAGGAGGAUGACAGUUCCUUGAUACUCAACACCUCAACAUCAACAACAAUGACUAACAGUUCAGUACUGAGUUCUGAUGAACAAACACCUACUUCGCUUUCAAAUUCACUCUUUCUGUCUUCCUUCUCGAGCACUGUCAGUUCCCUUGAAGCAACUGAUGAGGCCCAAAGUUUCGCCUCUUUAGCUUGUAGCUCUUUCACAUUUGGGUCUGAGCAACACAAUAAGGAAACAACAGAUACCCUCAAUUCCAGAGCGUACUACUUGAGAAGACACUCAAAUAUAGCCACUGCUCCUCUUUUUUCCUCACAAACUUCCAAUCAACAAUCCUCUACCAUUGUAAAUAUCCCAAGCACUGUACAUAUGAAUUCUGAAGAAUGGAAAUCACUUUUAAUUUCUUGCCUCUCUACUGUAAAUAAUGACCAAUCAACCCUCAUUCAAUUGAAAAGCCUUCUUCACGAGAGAUUUAACAAUGUUAUCAGACAACGACAAGAAUUUAGAUGCUUCCUAAGAUGUAUUUCAUUUUCAAAUUAUUAUAAUUGUACUCUCAUGCAUAUUGCUGCAAAGUUUGGUCAAAUUGAUACCCUCAAGUUUUUGUACAAGGAGUGCCCAGAACUCUUGUUACAACGAGAUUCUAGAAGGUUUACACCACUCUUUUACAUUUUGCUCGAAGAUGCAAACAGCCCAAUAACUCUCGAUGACAAAAAGAAGGGUGAGACUUGUAAACAAAUUUGUGAGUUUUUGUGGAAAUGGACAUUUGGAGAGACUUUUUCCAAAUGUUAUCUUUUGGGAAAACCUCGUUUCCAAGAUAUGAAGAAAAAAUUCCACAAGUGCCUUACUCAACAAAUUUCGUUGGAUUUUUCGACAACAAAUGAGGAAAUUCCAACAGUAAUAGAUGUUUUUUUCGAAUCUCUAAAACAGGGAAAGCUAUCAAUUUGCCGUAAUCUACUAGAAUAUGGAUUAGAUAUCAACGAAUGCCCUUUCGAUCACAACAAACAAACCUCUGGUAAUAUACCAUUUUUCCACAAGACUUGUAUAGAAUUGCCACUGGCAUCAAUUUUGUUCCUAAUAAGACAUGGAGCUAAUGCUCUCAAAAUGGAUUCAUUCAAUAAUUUACCUUUCACUUACUUGGUUGGUAGAGUUGAGAAUAAUACAGCACUUCUCCCUCAGGUAAUUAAAUUCAUGAAACAAAGAUUUGAAAAGUAUCAGGUUCCUCAACAUUAUUCCAAAUUGCUUGUCAAAUUGUCCUUUAUACAGAAUCAAAAUAUGAGGUCUUUACUCUUUUCAUGUGUUAAUGAUAAGGAUUUUGAAAGUGCUUUAUUUUUAAUUGAGGAAUUCAAUUCUCAUAUCGAUGAUUCGCCCGACUCUCCACUUUGGAUAAUGCUUAAAGAUGAAAAUAAGGUAAAUGUUUUGGAUUUGUUAAAGAAACAAAUGAAUGAUCCAGGGUGCAUGAACAAUACUCACUUUUCAGAGAUUAUUAAUCUUUUGGAAAAUUUAUUGAAUAAAUAA